AUGUCAAGGAGACCUGUGAACCCUAGCAGGCGUUUACCAGACACCUCAAGUGUUCCAUUUGCAGGUUCAUUACACCAAAAGUCUCGGACUUCACCACUCCUGUCAGUUGUUCUGGUUCUUGGGGUAUGCCUCAAUAUAAUCAAUCCAUAUUCUUCACGAAACCAAAGCUGUUUCGAACUUUCAUAACCAUAUUGUCUCCGUAUCCCACAUAUUUUUCUGCUGCUAUAUUGACAGAUCGUUUUUCAAUUUUCAGGGCGUUUUUCUCCUUAUCUGGUAUUCAUAUAGCGGGUCAGGUUUGUAUUAACACUCACGCAAUGAAUUUUAAUUAACAUCAUAUAACGAAGUUUGAUUUAUAAGCUGUGCUAUAUUGCAGACGUAUUAAAACUUGGUUUCUUAUGCCCUGCUACUUGAUGCAUGCCAUUUUAUUUAAUAGUAGUUCGGGGUACAUUCGUAUUGAUUAUCUAAUAGUAGUUUUCGUUAUGAGCAGGUGGGUUUGGCAUUGUUAGAGAAGCUAUAAAAGAUGAAGGUCAGCUUCCUCCUAUUUUUAAAGCAUAUUUAUUGGGGUUGGAUUCUUCACUUUCUCAAAAAAAGAAAAUUCUCAAAAAAAAGAACACCUUUUCUUCUUCUCAUCUAGUGAAAGAGAAAAAUUAAUUCCAGAAACUUGCUCUAGACUGAUGGUUCUAAUUUAUUUUUUAGUUGAGUGUUGUGUAUCCCUAUGGAGAUGGUUGGUGUGGAAACUUUGCGUUUAUUUUGACGGACACUAGAAUACAUGAGAACUGUCGAAGUGGUUUGAUACGCCUCAUUUUCAAAUGUACUGUUUCCUUUGCGGCCGAGUAAGUCCAAUUUAAUGGCCACCAUGUAUGGUUCAUCACAUAGCAGAAGCCUAAGAGUAGAGAAGAACCUUGCAUCCACAAGGAAAGCGAGAGAUAAAGAUGAAUUAGGCGGACAAAAAGUAACCUUCUACUGAUCCCUUCUGUUCUACGUCAGUCCCGGUCUAUAUUGUGUGAUCGUAGGAUUUAUGAUAAUUCAACAGAUUACUCUGCAUAUUUUAUUCUUAUUUUAUGCGCACGUUUUAGACUGUAAUGACAAUGGUAGUCCUUUAGGUACGAGGAUUCACGCUUGCCUAUUUUCGUUUCAUGGAACAUAUGAUAUGAUUCAAGGAGGUGCUCAGGAUUCGUCUGAUUCUUGUACAGAUAUUGGUCUAUCAAAUAAUUAUGAGUUUGAACAAAAUGUCCUUCGUUUAUCCCUUCUUUUUACUGUGGAUGAUUUUUUUGUUUACUACUAUCUGGCUAUGACCAGAAGUCAACCCGAGCACUAAUUUUGUCCCAGUAGAUUUUUGUUGGCAACUAGGACGCAUUCUAUGGCUUGGUUGGCCACAGUGUUGAAAUCAGACUUGUGAGGGCUAGCUGUAAAUGUCCUGUCCUCGGGUUUUCCCUAUCUUCAGCAGGAUUAUCCCUCUCAAGCAGGGAGGGAGGUCCAUUUUUUUCUCUAUAAUGAAUACAUGGGAUAAUUUUUAUGAUUGUCAGAUGGUGUCCAAGGCAAUGAUGACACAAUAUAGUCGAAUUCUAAAUACCUUGAUUUGCGUGCCCACUGACGGGAGAGAUAAAUUCCCAAAUGAGGUCUGAAUCAGUGUGCUCAACCUAAACAGUUUUGAAACAUAACAGGUUCUAGUCUCAUCUGACAUCUCAUUCCAUUGAAAAGGAUCAUUACUGUUUUCGGUCCUAGCUGAUAUAUGUUGAUAUAAAUUAGUCGCAUUUUGACUCCUUGUUUUAUUUCUUCCACAUUUGUCUAUCUGGAAUAACUUGUACUCCUUGGGCAACGACGGACACUUGUAAAUGAGAAUUCCAUUGUGUUUCGCAUCAUCAUGUCUUGGAGCGCUACACUCUUUUGCAUUCCUCAGUUAAACAUUUCCACCGGUUCAUUUGUGAUAUGAGCAGGUGCCUCCUGCACUUCAGAAGUUCAACGAGCCAUACCUUUUCUACAGAAGGUCUAUGGCAAUAGCAUGCAUAAGGUGCUCCAUGUAGGCCCCGACACUUGUUCUGUGGUUUCCAAAUUGUUGAAGGAAGAAGAUACUGAAGCCUGGGGAGUGGAACCAUAUGACCUCGAAGAUACUGACGGCAGCUGCAAGAGCCUCGUGCGCAAGGGCAUUGUUCGUGUUGCUGAUAUCAAGUUUCCUCUGCCCUACAGACAGAAAUCUUUCUCUUUGGUCAUUGUUUCUGAUGCGUUGGAUUAUCUAUCUCCAAGAUACCUCAAUAAGACGCUUCCACACUUGGCAACAUUAGCGGUGGACGGUGUUGUGGUCUUUGCUGGUAAAGCUUCAGCAGUAUUUUGCUCACAAGCUAAUGUUUUAGAAUUUCAGAAUUUUAGAUAUUAUGCGCAUAUACAAAGAGUUGACAUCUAGGUGUUAUUAAAUACUACAAUUUAUCUAUUAUUUGGGGAGUCCUAAGUGGUUCUUUGAUGGUGAUCUUCUUCUUGCUUGGGUUCAUUUAAAUGCAGGUUACCCUGGUCAGCAGAGUCUCAAAGUUCCAGAUCUAUCCAGAUUUGGAAAACCAGUGAGUUCUUGUCACAAUAGCGACUCCUCUGUGCACUGCUCUCACUACAUGAUUUCCUCACUAUCUGUCGCAAACCCUUUCUUGCCUUUCGUCUUAUUGCUCCAUUGCUUCACUUAGCUUGCCCCCCCCCCCCCCUCUCUCUCUCUCUCUCUCUCUCUCUCUCUCUCCCUUCCCCAGUUUUCGUUGAAAUAUUCAUCAAUAAAUUUGUGAGACUUUGACACGAUUCGGGUGUCCUUUUCCGUAGGCUAAGCUGCGGAGCUCCUCAUGGUGGAUAAGAUACUUCGUUCAGGUGGGCGUGGAGGAGAACGAGGUUGCUAUGAAGAAAUUCGAGCAGGCCGCAACCAAGAGGUCCUACAAGCCGGCCUGCCAGGUUUUCCACUUGAACCCCAAGUCCUUCCCCUGA